AUGGACCAGAUUCCAGCCGGUGUCGGAUCCGCUUUGCUCAAUCUUGGGAUACUGAUUGGGCUAGCGAUCACUCAGAUUUCUAGUCUCAAGAAAAAGGUUCAGUAUGCCCAUCGUUUACUCGAAGACCUGAACCGAGACUUCAAAGAUACCGAACGGCAAAUAAAUUCCCUUUGCGAAUUCCUUGAGCUAGCAGAGUUCUCACCAGAGCGCCAUCAUCAAUGCAAAAAUCAUCUGCACGACUUGCUCCUCAAGGCCAACAAGCUCAUAAACCUAAUCGACUGUAUCGAAAUGAAGUUAACACAAAGAAGCUUCUUUCGUAGGUCGAAGCAUCGACUAUCUCUUGUAGAUAGCGAUCUCGGCGAAGUUCGACGAAAUAUCGAUAAGAUAAACGGAACUAUCACCGCCAUCCGACAAGAAAUGAUACUCGCAAUUAUCAUCAGUAACCGAGACGAGAAUCGAAUGCAAACCCGAGAGGUUAGAGAAGACAUCCAAAGGGUUAACCGCAACAUAACUGGGACCGACGCCAAACAAAUCCGAAAGAUUUAUAGAGUUGUGGCCGUGGAGUUGAUGUAUCAAUCAAACUUUGUCGCAGCUGGUCCAGCGACGGGUCUGCGUUCAGGGAACCCACAAACAAAGGCUUUAGAAAACUCGAACCCUCCAGUCGCACCAAUUGGGAUUACCGAAGCUUUACCAUCCCGAGGUAUCUCUGGCGUGCAAAUAGACUUCGAUAUUCCAGCAUCUACUGAUCUGACAGAUGUCACAGAAGCAUUUAGUAGGAUUCUAGGCAGAUCGGCCUUGGAUAGAUCUAGAUCUACCUAUAGUCAAUUUUCAGGGAUUGUAGAGCUCCCAGCUUAG